GGUCGCGUGGCGAUUUCAGUUCAUUCCCAGCGAUCGAGAAGAGAGCACCUAGUAAAAGUACACCCAAAGCAACCAUCAUCAUGUCCAAGGGAUCCGUAUUACCGCAAUAUAUUGCGGGCUUGUCGGCCAGCUUUGGAGCUCUCUGUAUGGGAGCCUCCAUUGGUUGGUCCUCGCCGGUGGAGAAUAUGAUAUCCGUUAACUCGGACUAUGGAUUUCCCAUAAGUAGUAGUCAAUUUGGAUGGGUAUCUUCGCUUUUGACCCUGGGCGCUACGGUCAUCUGCAUUCCCAUUGGCUUCGCAAUCGAUUGGAUCGGCAGGAGACCCACUAUGUUGGCUUUAAUCCCACCCUAUAUGGUUGGCUGGGUGCUGAUGCUAUUUGCAAAUAACGUGACCAUGCUGUACUUUGGCAGAUUCAUCCUGGGCGCGUGUGGCGGCGCCUUCUGUGUCACUGCUCCCAUGUAUUGUACGGAGAUUUCUACAACGGCGUUGAGGGGCACCAUUGGCGCCUUCUUCCAGUUGCUAAUUGUGUCGGGGGUGUUUUAUGGGUAUUUGGUGGGGGCCUUUCUGCCGCUGCUCACCAUCAAUAUCCUGUGCGCUAUCCUGCCCUUGAUCUUCGCCGUCGUGCACUUUUUCAUGCCAGAGUCCCCCGUUUACUUGGCCAUGAAGGGCCGUAACGAUGAUGCUGCAAAGGCUUUGCAAUGGCUGCGCGGCAAGGAUGCCGAUAUCGAUGAUGAGCUAAAAGAGAUCCUGGAGGAGUCCCAAAAGCAGAAUGAUUUGCCCCAGGUCAACAUUUUGUCAGCCCUCCGACGCCCCAUUGUUUUGAAAGGUCUUGGAAUCGCUGUGCUCCUACAGGUGUUCCAACAGUGGACAGGAAUCAACGCUAUCCUCUUCUACUCUACCUCAAUUUUCGAGGACACUGGCUCUGGUUUGAGCGGCAGCGAUGCUACCCUUAUCAUUGGAUUUACACAGGUUACCAGUACAUUGGUGGCCGUAACCAUUAUCGAUAAGGCUGGUCGACGAAUCUUGCUACUAAUCUCCGGCAUUCUUAUGGCCGUGACCACUGCACUGAUGGGAGUCUACUUCCAGCUAAGUGAAAGCAAUCCAGGUUCGAUGGACGACUAUGGGUGGCUGCCAAUCAGCAGUAUCUGCAUCUUCAUAGUUUUCUUCUCAAUCGGCUUUGGACCGGUACCGUGGCUGGUGAUGGCAGAGCUCUUCUCCGAAGAUGUCAAGAGUGUGGCGGGAUCGAUUGCCGGUACCAGCAACUGGUUGUCGGCCUUCAUGGUCACGUUGCUCUUUCCAAUCCUCAAGAGCUCAAUCGGUCCGGGACCUACGUUCUGGAUCUUCACCGUGAUCGCAGUACUCGCCUUCUUGUACUCGCUAUUCUUUGUUCCGGAAACCAAGGGCAAGACGAUAAUUGAGAUUCAGCACAUGUUGUCCGGCGGAAAGGUGGAAAAGAGUGAGAACAAGAGUUAGACCAUGAGAGGCUUAGACGUAAUUAUACAUUUUCUGUUUAUGUUCUCUUUAAGCCAAUAAGAAAAAGUUAUGUUUAAGAAAGUGACUAUUAUAAUCAAUAAAAUCAAGAAAAAUUAAAAA